AUGCAGAUGCUGAGGACUCCCUGCUCCCUCACGGGAAGUAGAGGAGGGGGUCCCGAGCAGAAGCUGGCCAUGCUUCUGGCAACUUGUAGUAUUGUGUCAAAGAAUGCACUGCAGUACCGGGGGAACUCCCAGCACGACGCCCAGGAGUUUCUGUUGUGGCUUUUGGACCGAGUUCACGAAGACCUCAAUCAUGCUGUGAAGCAGAGCGGCCAGCCUCCUGUGAAGCCACCAUCAGAGUCUGAUAUGAUGCCUGAGGGACCAUCUUUUCCUGUCUGUAGCACUUUUGUACAAGAACUUUUUCAAGCCCAAUACAGAUCCUCCCUGACAUGUCCUCAUUGUCAGAAGCAGAGCAACACUUUUGACCCUUUCCUCUGCAUUUCUUUGCCAAUCCCUCUACCCUACACAAGGCCUCUCUAUGUCACCGUAGUGUACCAAGGAAAGUGUUCUCACUGCAUGCGGAUUGGCGUGGCUGUGCCUCUGUCGGGGACUGUCGCCAGACUUCGGGAAGCAGUGUCUCUGGAAACAAAGAUCCCCACUGACCAGAUUGUGUUAACAGAAAUGUACUAUGAUGGGUUCCAUCGUUCCUUUUGUGACACAGAUGACCUGGAAACAGUCCAUGAAAGCGACUGCAUUUUUGCCUUUGAGACUCCAGAAAUAUUUAGGCCUGAAGGAAUUCUCAGUCAGAGAGGAAUUCACUUAAACAACAAUCUGAACCACUUAACAGUUGGCUUGGCCCAUCAUAGACUGUCUUCUGCACAUGCAGCAGCAAAGCAGGGGAAAGUGGAGCUGCCCGUGACGAGAGCAGAGAGUGACAAGAUCGUCCUGCUGGUGUGCAACCGCGCCUGCACCGGGCAGAAGGGAAAGAGGUUUGGACAGCCUUUUGUGCUGCACUUGGAGAAGACAGUAGCCUGGGACCUGCUGCAGAAGGAAAUCUUGGAGAAGAUGAAAUAUUUCCUGAGGCCCACGGUUUGCAUUCAGGUGUGUCCUUUCAGUUUGCGUGUGGUCAGUGUGGUGGGAAUAACAUACUUGCUGCCCCAGGAAGAGCAGCCACUGUGCCACCCAACGGUAGAAAGGGCAUUAAAAUCGUGUGGACCGGGGGGCACUGCUCAUGUGAAAUUAGUGGUAGAAUGGGACAAGGAGACAAAAGAUUUCUUGUUUGUAAAUACUGAAGAUGAGUAUAUCCCUGAUGCAGAGAGUGUCCGCCUGCAACGGGAGCGUCAUCAUCAGCCUCAAACUUGCACUUUAUCCCAGUGUUUCCAACUCUACACCAAAGAGGAGCGGCUGGCCCCCGACGACGCCUGGCGCUGCCCGCACUGCAAGCAGCUGCAGCAGGGGAGCAUCACGCUGAGCCUGUGGACGCUGCCGGACGUGCUCAUCGUCCACCUGAAGCGGUUCCGGCAGGAAGGAGACAGGCGUGUGAAACUUCAGAACAUGGUCAAGUUCCCCUUGACUGGCCUGGACAUGACGCCUCAUGUGGUUAAGAGAAGCCAGAGCAGCUGGAGUUUGCCAUCCCAUUGGUCUCCAUGGCGACGACCUUAUGGACUCGGGAGGGACCCUGAGGACUACGUCUAUGACCUGUAUGCUGUGUGCAAUCAUCAUGGCACCAUGCAAGGGGGGCACUACACAGCCUACUGUAAGAACUCCGUGGACGGGCUCUGGUACUGCUUUGAUGACAGUGACGUGCAACAGCUGUCGGAAGAUGAGGUCUGCACACAGACGGCCUACAUCCUCUUCUAUCAGCGGAGGACAGCAAUACCGUCAUGGUCGGCCAACAGCUCGGUGGCAGGCUCCACGAGCUCCUCCCUGUGCGAGCACUGGGUGAGCCGGCUGCCGGGGAGCAAGCCCGCCAGCGCCACCUCGGCAGCUUCCUCCCGACGAACCUCCCUGGCCUCGCUGUCCGAGUCCGUGGAGAUGACCGGGGAGAGGAGUGAGGACGAUGGAGGUUUCUCGACGCGACCGUUCGUGAGGAGUGUCCAGCGCCAGAGCUUGUCAUCCAGGUCUUCUGUCACCAGCCCCUUGGCCAUCCAUGAAAACUGCAUCAGACCUUCUUGGUCCCUGUCUGCCAAGCUGCAGAUGCGCUCCAGCUCUCCUUCCCGGUUCUCAGGGGACUCUCCGGUUCACGCCUCCACCUCCACCUUGGAGAAGAUCGGGGAGGCGGUGGAUGACAAGGCCUCCAUCUCUUGCUUUGGCAGCUUGAGGAGCCUCUCGAGCAGUUCCCAGGACCCGGGCGGCGCUCCCAGUCGACGGGAGCACAAGGCUGCAGGCCGGGCCCCUCUGGCUGUCAUGGAAGGCGUGUGCAGAGACGAGCCAGAUGCCCACAGAUCAAACUCCAGUGUGGCGGACACACAGAGCAAACACUCAGCACAAGGGGCUCGCUUGCCCCCCGUGUCUGAUCCAUUUGAUAACAAUAACCAGAUAGCUUACGUGGAUCAGAGCGAUUCUGUAGAUAGCUCUCCCGUCAAAGAGGUGAAACCCCCAAGCCACCCAGGCUCCCUCACAAAGAAACCAGAGAGCACAACCAAGAGUUCCCCCAGCUGCAAAGGCGCGUCUGAGCCGGACAGAAGCCUGCGGAAGGGGAGGUCGGUCUUGGCGAGCCGGGGGUCAUCUCAGUCCAGCACCUCCCCUUCCUCCCCGGUUCCUGCCAAAGUUUCUGUGAAGCCCUCCCGCUCCCGAAGCAAAGCGGAGUCUUCCAGGGCCCCCACCCCUCCCAGGAAGGAGCCCUCCCCCAGAGCCCAGGACUCGGUGGCCUCUCCUUCGCCCCAGAAGCCGAAGGCAGCUUCUUCCCUCACGUGCACUGCUUCCUCCACCCCUGCCAAAAAGGCCCCGGGCCCUGCCACCAGGGGCCCCUGCCCACCGGGGAAGGGCAGGACUGCGGAGCGGAGCCUGAGUGGAGAGGGCUCCAGACAAAGCCUGGCUUCUGACCGAGCCGGGGUCCCCUCCAGCUCCAAGCCCAGCUCCCCUCGGGGGAGCCAGGCCAGGGCGGGGGAGGGCCGGGUGGACGGGAAGCAGGUCAGGAGCUCCUCCAUGGCCAGCCUGCGCUCCCCCAACGCGAGUGUGAAGGCUGGUCUGAAGCGGGACAGCAAGUCGGACGAGAAGGGGCUGUCCUUCUUCAAGUCUGCCUUGAGGCAGAAGGAGACGCGGCGGUCCACUGACCUCGGCAAGACGCCCCUGCUCUCCAAGAAGGCAGGGGGGAGCUCCGUCAGGUCGGCCGGUAAGAACGCCGGGGAGGACAAGGCGGAGAAGGGGCACCGGCCUCCAGGCUCCCAGCAGCCAAAUGCCAGUUCCAUUAGGAAAGAGCAGCUGGCCUCCAAGGACCCUGCUUCUGCUAGACAUUCCCUGCUGUCCAGUCGCAGAUCCAAGUCUUCCCCGCUAGACUGCGGCGCACCCGCAUCUCCUGGUGGCCGGCAGUCUGCCGAGAAGGCCUCCCAAAGGUUACCUUCGAGCAUGCCAGCCUCUGCACGGCCUCCGAAACCUCAGUGACGCCGCUGCGCUCCAGUGCGACCUGCGACACGUUUAUUUAUUUAGAACCCUCCCCUCCCACCAAAGCCCUCUAUGCUUUUGUAUUUUUUGGGUCAUGUGCCUGAUGUGUGUGCUUGCGUGCGUGUGUGCGUGCGUGCGUGCGUGUGUGUGUGCGGAUUUCAAUUGCAAAUUGUUAAAAGCGUCGCCUUAUUCUGCCAUUGAACCAAAUAACAGCCAUAGGCAAAGCAUCGAUACCGAACUAACUGGAAAAAUCACAGAUGAUUCCCUGGACAGUCCCUGUAGCCGUUGUAUAUAUUUCUUUAGAGAGCUCUAAUGAUGCGUUGGACACCAGGGUUUGGAACCUGGGACCAGCCAAGCUGCUCUGCAGAAGGAUGAGUUAUUUGACCUGGGGUUCAGCUGAGCAGGACUUGUCCUCACGGGGACUGUCAUGUGGCACCAGGAGUUCUAAAAACUGUGACACUAACAGACAAACCGAAGGAAAACGGUUGCUUCCUGCACUUUGGCCCCAUCUACCAGUCUUUGUAAAGGGCAAUAUUUUAACACUAAUGUUUCUCAGGUAUAUAUACUCAGCCAGGUUAGGAAGGAUGUGUAUCUGUAAGAGGAUUAGAGAGAAGGUGGCCUGUCAGUGACUGUCAGUCCUCCUGCCACACACAGGCAGUUUCAGAGGUAGAAGCAGUCUCACUACUUCCCUGUCGGCAGAGAUGUGGGUCCCAAGAUGUGGCAGAUCGGGUAAAGCCAGUCACUCGUAGUUGAGGCUUUCCCUCCUACAUUUGCUAGUGAAGGCCAUUGGGAGUUUGAAAAGUAGUAGAGCAGGAGAGGAAUCUUUUAAAGAAAGAUUCCUGGGAAAAGAAAGAGGAUUCUCAACUGCACACAUGAAUCUCUCCCAUUUUCCUCCCGUGUUGCUUUUUCUGUGUUGGACGUUGAAAGCUCCUUGCCCACGUCUCCACACUCUGGUAAGUCAUGAAGAGGAAAGAAGUUGCUGAGGCCAGAAGUCAGUGGUAGUUGAAGCGACGUGUAACAAAGUAUUACAUACACGUUCCUGAUCCUGCCCGUCGGGCUCAGUGUGACUGCUCUUCAGCAAUUCACUUCCUUCUUCGUGCUGAAGAUUGAAUCUCUCGCCAGAACUCGGCGGGUCAGCGCAGGUUCAGUCUGGCCCUGUCCAUGCCAAUUGCAUUUUCUGGUUAGACGAGAACCUCACAGACAUCUCACAGAUAAGCAAGAUACUGGUUUUCCAAGCUCUCUGGGGGUAUCCUAGCAAGUUUUAGUUUUUUCCUCCUUUUUCUAAAUGUGGAGAGAGUCUUGGUU